AAAGCUGGCUUAUCUUUUGAAGCGCGUGAAGCGCGUGUGCGCAAGACGUGAAGGUGGAGAAUCUUCGAGGUGCCUAAUCAUUUUGUUUUCAAGUAUAUCUUUCAUUUUUCCGAGCUUUGUAGAGAUUUCAACCUUUCGCCAUGUGCUACUUUCGUUAAAAUUGCUUGCUUUCACCGGCCACCGCUGCCUCUAUUUAUCACUGCAAUUUGUAGGUCGCCGGCUGAAGUGCGAUGUCCAAGCGCGGCGCAGACAAGCAGCUGACACACGAUAACUGGGACGCCGAGGACAGCGGUGGGGAGGACGCCGGACAGUUCCAGGCGGCCUCUGAAGAGGUGCUCCGCGGGCGUGUCAUCAAGAAGGCUCGCCGCAGGGUGAACCGCUCCGACGACAGCUCGGGCGCCGCUCCCAGCCCGUUCGCCGCCUUCUCCGGGUUCAAGGCACCGACUGCCAAGCCGGCCGGUGGCGCGGACAACCCGUUCGGCUUUCUGGCAGCCGCAGCCAAGUCGUCUCCCACCGCCGCUAAGUCGUCUCCGGCGGCCGAAAAGACCGGCUCCGAGGCAUCCAAGGCGUUCUCUCCGGCCGCGCUGCCCUCCACACCGGCCGCCAAAGUCUCCAGUAGCGAUCUGUCCACCCCGACCACCAUGUCCUCCCCGGUGCUGACUCGUCCACCGCUGCGCUCCGGAACAUCCGGCGGCUCCGGGUCUUCUGAAUACCACCGUCAGCUGCAGGCGCUCAACCGCAGCAUGCUCAGCUGGCUCCAGACACAUGUCGAUAAAAACCCGCUCUGCAUCCUGACGCCCGUGUUCAAAGACUACGAGACUCACCUGGCGAGUAUCGAGCGACGCUUCGGCCCGGUGACGACCCCAACUACUGGCGGAGCGGCCAGCAGCGCAGUGACCGAAAAGACCACAUCUGUCUCAGCAUCAACCGGAGGAGGUUUCAGUUUUGGCUCGGGGACAACAAAACCUGCUGACGCUGCUUCGCCGCCCAAGUCGACUGGGUUCAGUUUCGGCACCGGCGCUGGAAAGGCAGCGGAUACGGGCGGGACGGGUGGAUCGUCGGCCGGUGGGUUCAGCUUUGGCCUGCCGCAGGGUAAGGCCGGGCUGGCAGGAGCGGGUGGGGCGCCAGCCGCUUCCGCCGGGUUCAGCUUCGGCCUCUCGUCGUCAGGGAAGAAAGCAGACGCCUCUCCGGCUGCGGCGGCGCCCGCCAGCACAGCAGGCUUCUCAUUCGGCUUCCAGUCGGGGAGCCAGGGCGGAGGUGCAGCGCCGGCCACGUCUUCAGAGGAGGCAGAAGAAUCAGAGGAACCGCCGGUGCCUGUCGUCAACACAGUCAAGGAGGAUGACGCCAUAUACUCAAAAAAGUGCAAGCUGUUUUACAAGAAGGACGGGUCGUUUGUGGAAAAGGGUGUGGGAAUGCUGUACCUGAAGCCGUGCUCGGACGACAAGUACCAGUGUUUGAUCCGUGCCGACACCAACCUCGGGAACAUCCUGCUCAAUAUCAAACUCAGCAAUUCGAUCCCCACUCAGCGGAUGGGCAAGAACAACGUGAUGAUGGCGUGCGUGCCGAACCCGCCGCUGGACCCCAAGAAGAAGGAGGCCGAGUCGUCGCCCGUGCCGCUCCUCAUUCGAGUCAAAACCGGUGACGACGCCGACGAGCUACUUCGUCAAAUUGACGAGCACAAGCGCUAGGAGGACGCUAGACGCGUUGGCUACUGGCGGAGGCUGAGACGCCUGGUUUUAGGCAGGCGGUUCAGCAUCAGUGAUUAAAUGCCAGGAUGCUGAGCGGGUGGGGUGGGAUGGUUCAAAACUACUGAAUUCGCAGACGCCAUGAACUUUAGAAACGAUGUGAUUGUAGAACGCCGCGGGAACGAAAUGCCGAAAUGCGAACGACAUGAGUCUCAGUGACCGUGCUCCGGCAGUUGAUGUGAUCAUUUGGACCGACGCCCGAGUUGAUUGGCGCAUUACUGUGAGGUUAACUGUGGUAACGGGAUGAGGUAAUGCUGAAAACGGUUGAAAAGUUUUGUCUGCUGGACAUUCCCAAAUACUGUUCGUCUCGAGGCAUGCAUGUCGCAACGUAUUUUAAAACAUCACGAUUUUAGCAAAUAUAUUUUGAAAUGUUUCGCUA